AAGUGCCCGGUAUGGAAACUCUUCCGGCCAGCUUUCACGAGAGAUAACAGGACGGUGUUAUGGGAAAUAGUGGCGACUUAUGCGCAUAUAAUCUCCUUGUUAAGUUGUAGAUGUGGAGCAGGUUACUGAGUCCUCGUGUGAGUGGUAGAGCAAGUUUGUGUUGGAGAAGCCUGUUUACCAUGCAGCUAAAGACCAGCGAGUUCCAGUCCCUGUUCACUGAUGGACUGAAUGGAUUGGCAGAGGUGUUUGAGAAACACCAGCAUGAGCUGAGGAUAGCUGGAGGUGCUGUGCGGGAUCUGCUGUCUGGGAAGCGGCCUGAAGAUGUGGAUUUUGCUACCACAGCCACUCCAGAGGAGAUGAAGCACAUGUUUCAAACGGCUGGGAUCAGGAUGAUCAACAAUAAAGGAGAGAAGCACGGGACUAUCACUGCACGACUGCACAAUGAGAGCUUUGAGGUGACCACACUGCGAGUGGAUGUUCAGACUGAUGGACGUCAUGCAGAGGUGGAAUUCACAACUGACUGGCAGAAAGAUGCUGAGCGGAGAGACCUCACCAUUAACUCCAUGUUUCUGGGUCUGGACGGCACAUUGUAUGAUUAUUAUCGUGGAUAUGAGGACCUGCAGAACCGUAAAGUGCGGUUUGUUGGCAGCGCUGAACAAAGGAUCAAAGAGGACUACCUGAGAAUACUACGAUAUUUUAGGUUUUACGGCCGAGUUGCUUCGGAGCCCGGUGACCACGAGUCUGAGACACUGACUGCCAUCAGGGAAAAUGGUCACGGGCUGGGCGCUAUAUCGGGAGAGCGAAUCUGGGUGGAGCUAAAAAAGUUGGCGGUCGGGAACCAUGCUGCUCACCUGCUGGAGCUGAUCUACAGCCUGGAACUGGCUCAGUACCUUGGGUUACCUCCAGAUGGCGAUAUUGACGAGAUGAAGCGAGUGUGGCAGAACGCCAAAGACCGCUCUCCCAAACCCAUGACCAUCCUGGCUGCUCUGUUCCGCUCCCCAGAGCAGGUGGAAAAGAUGGACAUCCGAUUGAAGGUGUCCAGAGAGGAGAAGAACCUGGCACUGUUUCUGGUCAAAUACAGACGGGAGCUCUGCAAGAGAGAAGAUGAGCCAGACAGCCUCAAACCUUUCACUGACUUUAUUAUUGACAGUCGGGAGCUGGAUUCCCAGAGUAAAGUGUGCGAGCUGCUCAAGUACAAAGGUGAGGAGAAGCUCCUGUCAGAGCUGAGCAGAUGGUCCAUCCCUCGCUUCCCCAUCAGCGGGCACGAUCUGAGGAAGCUGGGCAUCACCUCGGGCAAAGAGAUAGGCGCCACCUUACAGAAGCUCCGUGACAUUUGGAAGAAGAGUCAUUACCAGAUGGACAAAGAUGAACUGCUGAGUUAUGUAAAGCUAUAAACAAGCAGAGGAGCAGAAAUGUUUUUGUUGUGUUUAGAUGGUAAUCACAUGGACGCUUGAUGCUGCGACUGCACUGCUCCUGGGUAUUGUUUGAGACAUGAAAUCGGGCGGAAAAAUGCUCUUUAGCCUGAGCCUGCAGCCUUGGGCCACUAUUGUUGAUGCUCAGCCAGUUGAAUUCUCAUCUUUUGCAGUAAACUCGCUCUGACCUGUAAAGGACGACAACACAUGGAAUAAAUUCAGUUUAUUCAGAGUAGAUGUUUAUUUUCAUUGUUCAUAUGAUGAUAGGAAGCAGAGGAAUGUUUGUGUCUGUGGCUUUUUUAUGUUGACUGUAUUUCUGUUUUCUGUACAGAUCAUUUUACACUUCUACUAAAAGGUUCUGUUUUCAUGGCUGCCCUUUUCUGCAUGCUCUGUACAAUAAAAGGUGGCCCCUGUGUGUGAAUCCUAAUGUUUCUGGCACUGUGAGAAAUAAAAAUUUUUGUGCUGGAGUGAGAUUGCUCCUCCCUCCCACAGAGAUGAGACA